AUGGAGAAGCGAGGGGAGAGCGAGCCAUUCUCCCACCCCCUAGAGCCGGAGCCCGAGCCCGAACUGCAGCCGGUGCCGGCGCCGCCGCCUGGGGAGAAGCGCUUCAGGCUGUGGUACGUGGGCUCGUCAUGCUUGGACCGGCGGACCACGCUGCCCAUGCUGCCCUGGCUGAUGGCCGAGAUCCGCCGCCGCGGGCAGCGGCAAGAGGCUGGCGGCGCUCUGGGCAGCGGGGUGCCGGCCCGAGAGGUGCUGCUGCUGCUGGAUUCGCCUACCCUGCGCUGCGUGCCCGCUGGACCCGGCAGCCCCAGCCGCCCCGGCAGUCCCGCGCCCGCCGUCUUCAUCUUCGAGCACAAGCCACAGCACAUCUCCCGCUUCAUCCACAACAGCCACGACCUCACCUAUUUCGCCUACCUGGUCAAGGCGCAGCCCGACAACCCCGACUCCCCCAUGGCUUGUCACGUCUUUCGGGCCACCGACCCCAAUCAGGUUCCUGAUGUCAUCAGCAGCAUAAGACAAAUCUCCAAGGCAGCACUGAAAGAAGAUGCCAAGCCAAGUAAGGAUGGUGAAGAUGCCUUCUAUGACUCCCAAAAAUUUGAGGUCUUGUACUGUGGAAAGGUAACAGUGGCUCACAAGAAAGCUCCCUCCACACUAAUAGAUGACUGCAUUGAGAAAUUCAGCCUUCAUGAGCGCCAGCGUCUGAAACUCUUAAAUGAGCAGCGGAAUAAUGAGUCAAGUUUGGAUUUACCCUUGUGUGAAGGAAAUACACCAACUUCUCCGCUGGAUAGCCCGUUUGAAGAGCUGGAGAGCCCAAAUAACACUACAGGGCAUGCCGCAAUGUUUACAAUUGGCAGCCAGACCAACUUGACCAACCUGGCCAGCACGCGUGGCUCCUUUCCAGAGCGAAUUUUAGAGGACUCUGGCUUUGAUGAGCAACAAGAGUUUCGGUCCCGGUGCAGCAGUGUCACUGCAGUUAUGCAAAGAAGAGUUCAUGACAGCAACAUGAAAAUACAGUCACGUAGAAGACAUGCAAGUGCACCCAGUCAUGUUCAACCUUCUGAUUCUGAGAAGAAUAGGACAAUGUUGUUCCAGGUUGGAAGGUUUGAAGUUAACCUUAUCAGUCCGGACACCAAAUCUGUUGUGCUUGAAAAGAAUUUUAAAGAUAUCUCCUCAUGUUCUCAGGGUAUCAAACAUGUUGAUCACUUCGGUUUCAUUUGCCGGGAAUCUGUUGAACCUGGAUUAAGCCAGUAUGUUUGCUAUGUGUUCCAGUGUGCAAGUGAGUCUCUGGUUGAUGAGGUAAUGCUCACCCUAAAACAAGCCUUUAGCACUGCUGCAGCUCUGCAAAAUGCCAAGACGCAGAUUAAACUGUGUGAGGCCUGCCCAAUGCAUUCAUUGCACAAACUUUGUGAAAGAAUUGAAGGACUCUAUCCACCAAGAGCCAAACUUGUAAUUCAGAGACAUCUGUCGUCACUAACUGAUAAUGAGCAAGCAGACAUUUUUGAACGUGUUCAGAAAAUGAAGCCUGACAGUGACCAGGAAGAAAAUGAACUUGUGAUCUUACAUCUACGCCAGCUCUGUGAAACUAAGCAGAAAACACACAUUCACAUUGGGGAAACACCAUCGACCGUUUCUAACAGUGCGAUUCCAGAAAGUACCACAAGUGGUGGCAGGUUUAAACUUGACAUUCUGAAGAACAAGGCCAAGAAAUCCUUGACUAGCUCUCUGGAAAAUAUCUUCUCAAGGGGAGCCAACAGAAUGCGAGGGCGCCUGGGAAGCAUGGACAGCUUUGAGCGCUGCAACAACCUUGCUUUUGACAAAGACGCUUCGCCAGGUGAUUCCCCACCAGCUACUCCUCCGGCAUCCCCUGUGUCCUCAGCCUGGCAGCCGUUUCCCGAGGAAGACUCAGACUCCCCCCAGUUCAGGAGGCGUGCGCACACCUUCAGCCACCCCCCCUCCAGCGCCAGGCGGAGGAUAACCUUCCAGAACGGGAGGUCCCAGAGUGUCCGGUCCCCGCUGCUGCGGCAGAACUCCGUUGAGGCGACAAGUCCUAUUGCGGUUCGGCGCGCUCUCAAUGAGAGUCAAUCUGCAUCAUCUGGUCUCCCCUCCUCUGUCUCUGCCCCUUCUUUCCUGAAAAGCUUUUACCAGGGCUCAGGAAAGUUGCUCCAGCACUCAGAAAGUGACCUUUCAAAAAGUGAUGGGGAGGGAAAGAAAAGAACAUCAACCAUCUGCAGCAGUGAAUCUCUAAAUGCUGUGGGGGCCACGCUCACACCUCGCCGCAUAUCCUGGCGGCGGAGAAUAUUCCUGCAGGUAGCUUCACCUAUGAAUAAAUCUCCUGCCAAGAUGCAGCAUCCAGAUGAUCAUGAUGGAAGUGAAUUAUUACCAUUAUCCCCUCUUGCUCCACCCCUGGAGGAGGACCCUCUUGCUCUAGUACUGCAAAAUGAAGAUGGUCCAGAUAAAACUGGAGAGAGGAAAAACUCAGAAGAACUACAAAGUCUGUGGAGAAAAGCCAUCCAUCAACAAAUUCUUUUGCUUCGAAUGGAGAAAGAAAACCAGAAGCUGGAAGAAGCAAGCAGAGAUGAACUCCAGUCAAGAAAAGUGAAACUGGACUAUGAUGAAGUUGGUACAUGUCAGAAAGAUGUCAUAAAUGUUUGGGAAAAGAAGUUAAUAAACUGCAGAGCCAAAAUCCGAUGUGACAUGGAAGAUAUUCACUCCACUUUGAAAGAAGGUGUACCAAAGAGUCGUCGGGGAGAAAUUUGGCAGUUUUUGGCUGUGCAACACCGAGUCAGACACAGACUGCCAAACAAGCAACAGCCUCCUGACAUCUCUUACAAAGAACUUCUGAAACAACUGACAGCUCAACAGCAUGCCAUCCUUGUAGAUCUAGGACGGACAUUCCCUACACAUCCUUACUUUUCUGCUCACCUUGGAGCAGGACAGCUAUCACUCUUUAAUCUCCUGAAAGCAUAUUCUUUGCUGGACAAAGAAGUGGGUUAUUGUCAAGGUAUAAGCUUUGUAGCUGGAGUGCUGCUUCUACAUAUGAGUGAAGAACAGGCCUUUGAAAUGCUGAAAUUCCUCAUGUAUGACCUUGGCUUCCGGAAACAGUACAGGCCAGAUAUGAUGUCACUACAGAUUCAGAUGUAUCAGCUUUCAAGGCUUCUUCAUGAUUAUCACAGAGACCUGUAUAAUCAUCUUGAAGAAAAUGAGAUCAGUCCCAGCCUUUAUGCUGCACCAUGGUUUCUUACACUGUUCGCUUCUCAGUUUCCGUUAGGAUUUGUAGCCAGAGUAUUUGAUAUUAUUUUUCUUCAAGGAACAGAAGUCAUAUUUAAAGUAGCACUGAGCCUGCUUAGCAGUCAAGAAGCUUCUAUAAAGGGAUGUGAAAGUUUUGAAAACAUUGUUGAUUUUCUUAAAACCACUAUUCCAGAUAUGACUCAGCCUCAAAUGGAAAAAAUUAUUACUCAGGUGUUUGAGAUGGAUAUUUCAAAACAACUCCAUGCCUAUGAAGUUGAAUAUCACGUUCUUCAGGAUGAACUGCAGGAAAAUGUGAAUCCCUGUGAUGAAGGUGAACCCCUGGAGAAGCUGGAGAGGGCAAACAGUCAUCUGAAGAGACAAAAUAUGGAUUUGUUGGAGAAGCUGCAGGUUGCUCAUGCUAAAAUUCAGAGUCUGGAAUCCAACCUGGAGACUCUUUUGACUAGAGAGAACAAAAUGAAGACUACAAUUCAGUCCCUGGAACAGGAGAAGAUAACAUAUCAAAAGACACUUGAGCAGAUAAUAAAGUACUUGCCAGAAGAAGCAUGGUCUGACUGUGAACUACUCCUGAAGGAAGUCAACUACAAUCCAAAUAAUAAAAUAAGGAGUAAGCCAUAAACCAGGGUAUUCUAGGCAGCAUUUCUUCGAAACAAACAAAACAAAACAAACAAAAAGGGGGGGCAAGGAAAUAAAAUGAUUAUGCUGCUU